CGACCCUUCUUUCUUUCCUCCCACCUUUUUUUUUUUUUUGCAGAGGGUAAACACGGCCCGAGCAGACACCUGCGGCUCAUCACCAGCUUCCCGCCGGUGGCGCAUGUGUGCGCCUUUCACACUGAUUCUGACAGUUAGCUCUGAACCUCUGGCGUGUUAGGACACAGCUGGAGCAAGCUCGUGCCCUCGGGGUUGUUCUUUCUUUUUCCCCCCUUUAACUCAGUCCACUGCAUGGAUAUUAUACAAAGGGUUAAACGCAUCAGGAUGUGGGUUAAAAGACACCCAAAGUUUUGAAAUGAUUGAGGGAAUGUGCAGCGAGAUUUCUGAACAAGGUGGCAGAGAUCUGAUGAUGCUGGACGAGGAAGCGGUUUACUUUUCCACUUUUCAUCACUGGCUGAAAGAGUCUUGGGAAAUGAAAAAUGAGGAACCGCCACAUUCUCCGAAAGGCAGCCACACCGGAUGCUAGACUCUCAAACACUACUGACGAACAAGCCUUUUCCUCGAGAACUUCAUGGUGGAAAAACCAUGAGCCACACCUGCGAAUCCCAGGCCUCCAACACGACAGUAGAUCUUGGACCACUGGGAGGUCAUCAUCCUUGGGAGGUGGCCUUAAUCGUUCUUGUGACAGGAACACUGUCGUUCAUCACCAUCGUGGGCAACUUGUUAGUGCUCGUCUCCUUCCGGCUCAACCGGAAACUAAGAACCAUUAGUAACUAUUAUCUCUUGAGUUUGGCAAUUGCUGAUUUGAUCUUGGGCACAGUCUCUAUGAACCUCUAUACAGCCAAUAUCAUAAUGGGUCGCUGGAUGUUGGGACAUUUGGCAUGUGAUCUCUGGUUGGCAUUAGACUAUGCUGCGAGCAACGCUUCCGUCAUGAACCUCCUAGUAAUCAGCUUCGACAGGUACUUUUCCGUAACCAGACCAUUAACAUAUCGAGCCAAACGGACACCCAGAAAAGCAGCGGCACUGAUCACAUUAGCAUGGGUGGUUUCUUUUGUACUUUGGGCACCUGCAAUUUUGUUUUGGCCUGAUUCCCAAGGCACACCAGAGGACAAGGUGAACUGCUCAAUCCCAUUUCUAACGGUGCCAUCAUUAACCGUUGGAACAGCCAUAGCGGCUUUCUACCUCCCAGUCAGCAUCAUGAUCAUUUUGUACUGGCAAAUUUACUGGGAGAUUGAGAAUAGAGCAAAAGGACUGGCCAAGUUUGUCGGGUCUGUCGGUAGUAGUCAGAGUAGCUCAGUAAAAGUAGACAACAAGUGGUCCAACAGUACCCGGAGCAGUCUGAGCAGCUCCACUGAGACACAUCCAAGAAAGGCUCGAGAGCUUGCUGGGAAAACAUCAGUUGGGUGCUUUCCAGCAAGACAAAAGCAGGAACAUCCUUUGGUUUUGGGAAAUCCAGCCAUUCUGCCACCACCAAGCAAAAUCAAUUACAGAGAGGCCUGCAGCAGCAGCAGCUGGAACAUCGAGGAUGAUGACGAGGCUGGGACGUCAUCGACGAGUGAGGAAGAGCAAAAACACGAUCGCGAAGCAACUACAGCAUCGACAUCGAACUCUGCGGUAAUUAAGCUCAAGGAGCUGCAGGAAAUUCCAGCGUUAGCUGCACAUGUUGCCGAUCCGUUAUCCGGUCAACCCUCCAGGCAUCUUUUGCUAAAAAAGAACAGGCUGCUGGACCUGAGCCUCCCAAAGCAGCCCAAAAGCAAAAGGCGAAUCAACACGAUCAUCCGGGAAAAGAAAGCCGCACAGACGCUGAGUGCUAUCUUACUGGCUUUUAUCCUCACAUGGACUCCAUACAACAUCAUGGUCCUGGCAUCCAUUUCAUACUGCGUCCCCGAAAAGCUGUGGCAACUGGGAUACUGGUUGUGCUACGUCAACAGCACAGUCAACCCCAUGUGCUAUGCUCUCUGUAACGAGUCCUUCCGGGUCACUUUUAAAACGCUGCUACUUUGUCGACGUGGAGAUGCCAAAAAGUGGCAAACAAGUGACCAGAGCCGUCAUGCCUCCGUGAAGCCAAACAAGUCAUGCAGCACGGUAUAAAGAAUAAACUGCAUUGAUGUAAAAACCUUAAUGUAAAAAAGAACCAGAGUUUGCCCACUCAGAGGGUUGUUCUGCAUGACCAGGCACCUGGUCAAAAAGCAUUGAAAGCUUGUUCUGGAUAAUAUAUGCCUGAACAUGAGGGGCCACCAGGGUACUUUCUCUUGUUUCCUGACUUCUCGCAGGCUACAUUUAGAUAUAUUUUGCUCUGUUUAUGAAAGCACUGCUAUGCUCAAUGUCUUUCGUCCAUCAUCCGGCAGUGUAUCUUUCACAAUUCCUGCCUACCAACUUGAACGUCUCGGCUGUGCGCCAUUUGAAGGAGAAAAAAAGAAGGACAGGAAAAGAUGACUAAAAUAACAGGCUCUCCUGUGUUUCCUAUACACGACCCCUUUGAACAAGUCGUUCCAGCGAUUCCAAGAUUCUUUCCAUCGCCGGUAAUCGCACGAGCUACGCGACAGCUCCUUCCUUG